AUUAAUCGUGCAACGAGGAGAUCGCAUGGUCACUUAUCUUGGUGCGUUCAGUCGAGCGAGUUAUCAAGAGUGAACGCCCGUGCAAUUCUAGAUUGCAUGGGCUCGAGCCAAAGGGGAAAAUAGUAAUCAUAAGAGGAGGAUACAAGGUAUGAAAAGUAUAGAAAAAUAGAGGAAAGAAACUACUGAUGAGGAGGAGAAUAGACUUGUGCCUUGCACACGCUGGACGUGAGCUGUUUGAAAGAGAAAAAGAAACACCGCAAAAUACAGUAUGGUGGAGAGAUAAGCAGUAGAUGUAUAUAAUGCUGUUUCAUAGAUCGAGUCACGGAAUGAUUACGGUAGUACCAAGCGAUAAGUAGACAUCCGAAGGAGGUACUUGAAGUAACGAGCAUCAGAGGAAAUAGAAGAAGUCGACUAAAAAUGAUGCUAUGAAAGUGGAAAAAGGAAAGGAGACUCAAGAAACUCGUUCAGGAGAACCGCAAAGGCGAAAGAUGAAGAAGGAGCAACUGCAGGAGAUAUUAUGGACUUCUAUCGAGUACUGUAAAUACGCGGGGAGAAGGAGGUCGAUAAGAGUGACUUCAGCAGAAGAGAGAAAAAGAUGAAGAGUGAGUAUAUUCACUCCUUGUGGUGCAUUGCUGGCGUGGAACGUAAGCAAUGAAGAAGAAAAGACAUGAGACAUCGCAACAACAUAUGAGACAAACGAAGACAGACAAACGGUGACGAUGGCUUAGUGUGGGCGCGUGUCUGGCAGCUGCCGCUUACAGGUGGUGUGCUUGCUUGGGAACCAAGCUCCACGGCGCGUUCCCACGGAAGGCUCGUCCCCCAUCACCGAACCCUGGUGUUUCCCCUCUAUCCAUCCCCACUUUAUCCCUACUAGCUCCUCACUAUAAAAGUCUCCGCACUACCGACAAAUUCACAUUUCUACUCUGCCUCUCGUACGGUGCAACUCGAUACUUCGAGACACACCACGCGCUUAUUCCAAAUUCAUUCAUCUUUUCUCAGAGUAGUAUUUGACUAUUAGUCGACAGUGUUUACGCGCACUCGCUAUCAAAACACUUCGAGUAGUGAUUAUCUCAUUAGUUAACACUUGAGUGAUUGUCAUUGUGAUCUACACUUAUUCACGUGUAAUAUCACAAUUCAGUGAUUAAUCAAUCCAAGGAUAUACUUCGAUCAAGACUCAUUCAACUAUCAACAUGCAAAUGCACGAACAAAUGAUGAUCGUCGAUGGACAAGAACAACCCAUCUCCAGAACCUAUCAAUACAGAAAGGUUAUGAAACCAAUGCUUGAACGCAAACGUAGAGCACGAAUCAAUCGUUGCCUAGAUGAACUCAAAGAUUUGAUGGUUGCUGCAUUGGCUGGUGACGGUGAAAAUGUUGCUAAACUGGAAAAAGCUGACAUUCUCGAGUUAACUGUUCGUCAUCUACACAAACUUCAACGUCAACAACGUCUCUCAGCUAAUCCAGUGAUUGAUGCUGAUCGAUUCCGUGCUGGAUACACACAUUGUGCUAAUGAAGUUAGUCGGUGUCUAGCUGAAACUCCAGGAGUUGAUGUUGCUCUUGGUACCAAACUCAUGACACAUCUUGGACACAAACUCAUCUCCAUGGAUAAAACUGGACCUUUGACCAUCCAUGUGGCAGCGCCUCAACCAUCACCUUCUGACAGUGAAUCAUCGAAUUCUGAAUACUCCAUGCCAUUGACACCUGCAUCCAGUCAACCAUCUCCAGCAGUUCGAUCAGAAAUUGACACCUCAAUCGCUACCUCAACUCAUCAAGGACUUCUCCAAGUAGCUAAACCAACUGAAUCAGUCUGGCGACCCUGGUAAAUACUUUAAAACAACUACAUUGAGAACAAUGACCCAACGGUCACAUUCUCGACAAGAGCCAAACUUCUCAGGGCAAGUAGCCAACAGGAAAAGCCACAAUAAAUAAUUAAGUCUCCGGAAUAAAUACAAAAACUCAACUAAAAGCUACUAUAUCGUCUACUAAAUUGAUCAAAAAGUUAACAGAAGCUGGACGAUCGGACUGUGAUGUGAAUAGAUUUCUUCAACGCAAGACGGUGAAAAUAAGAGAUCUAUAGAAGCAGAUAUUAAUCAUUAUCCUAAGAAUUUUAUCAAGUUUGUUACAAUAGAAUUAGGUAAAUUCAAGCGGCCAUUAUCUAGUCAAUGAUAAUGAAAAAAAAAUUAUAUCAGUCGUGAUUGUUUUUAAAACAAUUUUAAAAAGUAACUUAAAUAGUCAUAUGAUUGACAACAUAAUGAUCGCUUAAAACACCUAGAAUUGCUCAAAUCAAUUAUUCAUAAAAGAUAAAUACCAAGGAUAUGAUUCUUAAAAUAGCAAAUCAUUCGAAUAGAAUUAUAGGAGAGAUUAAGACACUCUGAUCUCGAUAAUAACAAGGCCACUUUUUGUAUUAAUGCCAAGUGGUUGAGCUUUAAUUUAGUUUAUAUUGUAGGAUUAGAUUUUUUCUUACAUUUUUGUAUUGUUUAUUUCAUACUUUUAUAAAUGAGUUUUCUAAUUUUACAGUUUUGGCGCAUAAAGUUUAUAUAAGUAAUGUAAAGUAAUUAGUGAAGUUAUCAUUAUUGUUAAAUACAUAAUUGAGCGAGUGCAAUUUUUAAUCGAAGCGCCAAAACUUUAAUAUGUGCCUCGCCUCGGUCUAAUAUGAAACAAUGUUAUCUUUUUCUCAUGAAAAAUCAAUCAUUGGAUCCUUUCAAACCUAAACGUCAUUUUUUGUUAAAUUAUUCAUGAAAUGAAAAUGACCGAGUAGAGGAUCUUGUGAUAGAGAAACCAGUACCUGUGAUAUAGAUUUAAAUGUAAGAAAGUUGCUGACGAAAGAUGUUAAUUUUUUUAAAAUAAAAACAUUAAAUUUGAUUAUU